GGGCGCGUGCGCACUGGGCGGCCGGCGGGGCGGCUGAGGGGCGGGGCGGGGGCAAGAGUGGCCUCCUUGCCUCGUUGUGCCCUAUCGCCGCCCGGACACCGCGCAGGCCGCCGGCACCAUGAAGAUCUGGACUUCCGAGCACGUCUUCGACCACCCAUGGGAAACCGUCACAACAGCUGCAAUGCAGAAAUACCCCAACCCCAUGAACCCCAGUGUGGUCGGAGUUGACGUCUUGGACAGACACAUAGAUGCCUCUGGAAAGCUGCACAGCCACAGGCUCCUCAGCACAGAGUGGGGACUGCCUUCCAUAGUGAAAUCUAUUAUUGGUGCAGCAAGAACCAAAACAUAUGUGCAGGAACAUUCUGUAGUGGAUCCGGUAGCGAAAACAAUGGAACUUAAAUCUACUAAUAUUUCAUUUACAAACAUGGUUUCAGUAGAUGAGAGGCUUAUAUACAAACCACAUCCUCAAGAUCCAGAGAAAACUGUGUUGACUCAAGAAGCCAUAAUUACCGUGAAAGGCGUCAGUCUGGGCAGUUACCUCGAAGGACUGAUGGCAAGUACGAUAUCUUCCAAUGCGAAUAAGAGUGCUAGGCUAGACGGGGGAUACAGCGGGGAGCAAAACAAACCUGGUCCCUGCCCUCGUGGAGCUAAGAGGAAGGCGCCAUUAAUCACACAGCCCGACAUUAGGAAAGGAAAAUUACUGAAAGGGCCGAGAAGCAAUGGAAUGGGUAAUACAUAAAUUAAAUGCUGAAAUUGAAGAACUGACGGCUUCAGCCAGAGGGAGCAUCCGGCCACCGAUGGCAGCGGCAGCGUUUGUAGAGAAAUGAUCCUGAAAGUGGACGUGCGCACCCGGUCCCCCAGGUCUCUACACGCUGGCGGUGUAUUUAUUUGUUAUUUAAAAAAUUCAACUAUAUUUUAGGUAGAAUUUUUUUUUUAAUAAGCUGAAGAGAGGCUGUGUGACUGGAUCAAAACAGAGGUGCAGGAUUUCUAAAUAAAAGGGAUUGUCUGAAAUUAGUGUUGUUGGAAAUGAUGUCUGCUUUUGAGGAUUCUCGUAUUUAUGUGAAAAUGUAACAAUAUUUGAAAAGUAUUUGUAAAUUGGUAUUGGCGGAUUAAAUCUCCUUCAGGUAGAAUUUUAAAGCUUUCGUGCAUUAGAACUCUGCCUGGCUUUGGACCAACCCCAAGACAAAGCAGAGCCACCUCUGACACACCCCCAGUUGCCCUGCUGCGGUAAACUUCCAGAAGGCGCCUGAGAGGACUCACCUUGAAGGGAGGAAUCGGAUAGUUGUUAAAAGACAGUAAUUUGCUCUGCUGUAAAUCACCAUCGAAGGCCCCAGUGGUUUAACUUGGUACUCAAAUAACAUUUUUGGAGUAAAAAUGAUCACAAAAGUAAUAAACGACUCCAGCAAGAACACCCUUUUAUUGUGUUAACCAGUACUGUACUGGUUUGCCAAAGCUGUGUAACUUAGUAAAGGUACUGCCUUCCUUGGAUCUGUACUCCAUGACUUGGUAUGCCGCAUCGUGGGCUGGUUAUAUUAACUGAAGAAAUCAAGUCACUACCGGAAUCUUGCAACACUCGAAACUUAAACAGAGGAACAGCUGUUCACAUCUUUUAGCUUUUCACAUUUGCCUAACUUAUAAAUUGCCAUGUGUCAAAAUCAUGGUUCUGUAAUUGCUAAAGCAUGAUAUGUCAGGUUAUUUGAAUAUAAUUACCUUUUGAAGUAAUUGUGACCACAAAAACAUCUUUUUACGUGAAGAGCUGUACCUCAUUUGAAACUACUCAGAUGAUGUCUUGAUCCGAAGCAUAAAUCCCAGGGACUUAAUGUUUUUAAUAAUACGGUGUCACUGCCAGGUUGGGGGCGGCAUCGAAGAAGAAAGAAUAAUUGGGUAGAAAAAAAGCGUUGACCUAAACCAACCACUACAUGAAUCGCUUUGCAGCUUUUAUUUAUGGGAAAUCCUUGCUUUGGAUGCCAGAGGGCAGCUGCAAUCUGAAAACCAAUACAAUAAAUGCAUUUUGUUUUGUAUCUGGUAGCAGGCAGUUAAUUAUCAACCACUAAAAAAAGAGUAUCUUUGAUACUUGGAACAGUUGCAUAGAGAGUAUUUUUAUUAAAAGGUGAUUAGUUCUUGCCUUUAUUUCCACAGUGCUUAAUGUGAUAAACUUCUAGUCAGGUUUCCUGUAAAACAAACCAAUUAAUAUAUGUACCUAAACCACAAAAACAGUAUACCAAACUGUUUAAAAACUAGUGCUUUUCUACUUAAAAUAUUGUUAGCUUAAGACUUGGGAUAUUUGUAAAAGCCAGUAAGGUUUUUGGUUAUCUUUUGUAACCGGAGAUGAUUUUUACAAUUAAAAUCACAUUUCAGCUAAACAUUGCUCAAUGCUGAUAUCAUUACAUUGCCUGUGUAAUUUCUGAAAAUUAUACUUUUUCUGAAAAAGAUGUGAUAAUACCCUAAUGAUAAAAAGACUUCUGAACAAAAUUUUAUCCUGUUUUUUUUUUAAAUCUGAUCUUAAUGAUAAAAUUCUGUAAAUUUUCACUUUCCAGUGUAAUUGCUUUAGUUAAGUAGCUGGUACUUAUGGCUUUUACAUGUUAAAAUAUAAAUAACAUAAGCAUUUGAGAGGGCUAAACUGGAAUAAAGUGUUCGUGGAUUAGAAUUAGACUUACGGAUUGUGGGGCAUAUUAUCCUAUUUAAUAUGAGAAAUGGAUCUUAUAUGAAUUAAGAAAAAUCUUGUUAAUAAAAACUUAUUUUUUAACUAUG